AUGCGGAACAUCAUAUUCUCCAAAAGAGCAGUACCCAAAGGCCUACGAUGGCGUGCGUCCACUCCUUUCAUCAUCACUACCGUGGCUGUCGGCAUGUUCACCGACCUCUUUCUCUAUGGCUUGGUCGUCCCUGUACUUCCGUUCAUGCUGAAAGAGCGUGUCCAUAUCCCUCACGGGAAAAUCCAAUCAUAUGUCUCUGGUCUCCUGGCUGCGUAUGCAGGUGCUAGUAUUAUUUUUUCAAUACCAAUUGGCGUCAUCGCAGACAGAACAAAUGCUCGCCAACUACCAUUCUUAUGUGGCCUCGCCGCCCUCCUGGCUGCCACUUUCAUGCUCGCUUUCGGCAAAAACAUUCCCAUGCUUGUCAUUGCCAGACUUUUACAAGGUACAAGUGCUGCAGUCGUCUGGACAGUUGGUCUGGCAAUGGUCCUUGACACCGUUGGCCCUGAGAACCUAGGAAAGGUCAUCGGAACAAUAUUCUCAUUCAUAUCUGUUGGCGAACUCGCGGCCCCGGUUUUAGGAGGCGUCUUGUACCGCAAGACUGGUUACGCCGGGGUCUUCGGCCUUGGAGCUGCCCUGCUUGGCCUUGACUUCAUCCUGCGACUCCUGGUGAUUGAGAGGAAAGUCGCCGCACAGCAUGACAAAUCCUUCCAGAUAUCCAAGAACACGAGCGUCGAAGCCGAAGGCGACGAAGACGUGAAUUCGACAAAUUCAGAUUCCGAGAGUCCCAGAGCCGGCAGCGAACAGGACCACCUGUUGCCGAAGAAAGUGAAUCAGCACUACGCCAUUCCCGACGGCCAAAACAGACUGAUCCGCAUGCUGCCGAUCCUGUACUGUCUCUCCGAUCCACGACUUCUCGUCGCGCUCCUGCUCGCAUUCGUCCAGGCAGCCCUCCUAGCUACCUUCGACGCCACGGUCCCGACGGAAGCACAAGACCUGUUCAAUUUUGACUCUUUACAGGCCGGCCUGCUUUUCAUCGCGCUGGACGUCCCAUUCCUCCUCCUUGGCCCGAUCGCGGGGUGGUGCGUCGACAGAUACGGCACGAAGCCUGCCUCGGUACUGGGGUUUGGAUUCCUCGUCCCAACGCUAGUCCUACUUCGCCUUCCACCGGCACAAAUCACGCCCAAUGUGAAAUCGAACAUCAUUCUAUUCUGUGGCUUACUUGCCCUCAACGGCAUAGGGCUCGCUGUUAUCGGAUCACCCAGCAUUGUCGAGGCAAGCGACGUGGUGCAAAAGUACGACAAGGCCAAUCCAGGCUUGUUCGGCCAGAAUGGCCCCUACGCCCAGUUAUAUGGGUUCAACUCGCUGGUUUUCAGCGCUGGUUUGACCAUAGGCCCGAUUCUGAGCGGUGGACUGAAGGACGCAAUAGGGUACGGGAACAUGAAUAUUGUUGUCGCAUGUAUUUCAGGCGUCACGGCGAUUUUAUCGUUCUUCUUUGUGGGCGGGAAGCCGAAAUUAUUUGGCAGACGAAGGAAAUAG